AUGAACUCGUUAGUCCGCCUACUUCUCGCCCUUGUGCUCGGUGGCGCCGAAACAGCGGCGCCGCCCCUGCGGAUCGCGGCGGGUGCGCUGGACGAGGCCGAGACCAUGAGUACGGCAUCUGGUGCUGCAUCUGCACCGGAAGUCCCCGACUCCGCCCAUCGCGCCCUCUUUGAGAUGGGCGAAAUGCUGAGCGGGGCGGCGGAUGGCGCGCAAGACCUGCUUGGUGGUGGAGGUGGCGGCAAGUCAGGCGGCGGUGGCGGUGGUAUGCCAGGCAUGUCGUCCGACCCGGAGGUGGCACGCUUCCAGCAGUACGUCGGCGUCUUCAUGCCUGGUCUCUUUUUCACCUAUUUCGUCCUGUUUCUCAUGCUGUGCAUGAUCACCUUUUGCUGCACCUGCUCUUGCAUGUUUUGCUGCGGGCUCGCCCUCGCCCCGUUUGAGUGCUGCUCAAGCAUAUGCUGA